AUGCUUCAAAAAGCAUACGGUGAUGAAUGCUUAUCCUGUACUCAAGUUUACGACUGGUUCAAGCGAUUUCAAAGUGGCCGGGAGAUGCUUGAGGAUGACGAAAAGUCGGGCCGUCCAAAAACUGGACUGAGCGAAGUUAACAUCCAAAAAGUGCGUGAUUUCAUCAAAGAAAACCCGAAAUCUUCCGUGAGAUUGAUUGAAGAUGAAUUGGGGAUUCUAAAAUCAACUGUGCAUAAUAUUUUGACCGAGAGUUUAGGCCUUCGUAAAUUGAAUUCGCGAUUUGUUCCCCACAAGUUGACCGACAACCAAAAAAUGUAUCGAAUUGAGCACUGCAAGGACCUCAUUAAAACCGCUCUUAAGGACUCAAACUUCCUUGAAACGAUCGUUACUGGUGAUGAAACGUGGUGUUUUGAGUAUGAGCCCGAAACAAAGCGCCAGAGUGCUGAGUGGAGACCACCAGAAGAGGGGCAUCCGAAAAAAGUCGCUUAG